AGCCAGGUUGGAGGUAAGGACUUCCAGGAGGAGGCGUGGUCGAGGCUGAGCCCAGGCGGUGGUCAGUGCUCACAGCUUCGUGGGGCCCACGGUUUGCCAUUGAGCUUCUCUUUGUAAACUCCGUGCUUCACAAACCCACCCCCCAGGUGUCUGCUGGUCUGCAGCCCCGUGUGGGAGUCAGAAGGAAGUUAGUGAACUUAUCUGUCCUCUCGGCUCUAGCUCUGCCCUUCCCCCUCCACUGUGCUGUCUGGAGCCAGUAUUGUUAGCUCUGCUCUUACCUAUAGGCAAAUGCACCACCUCAGCGACCAGAGUGACUGCAGGCUUUGUCUUCCUCACUUCCCUGUACCCCUCUGCAGCCAGGACCUCCUGUUUUCCUCUCACACCCCAGGGCCAAUAGGAAAAGGGUCCCCACUGGAGCUGGUUUUGCAGAAACCCAGGCGAAAGGUCAUGUAAGGUCAUGUGGGCAUGUUCCUGCAAGGGGACACUCAGCCCUGGCUCCCGCCUGGCAUGUGGUGAGGCAAGACUGUCCUUGGUCCACUGCUCUGUCCCUUGGAGUCCUUUCCCUUUGGGAACCUCGUGUCCUCAAGUCCUUUCCCUCCACUCUCCCCUAUAGGGUAGGGGUGAACUGACUGGUCAUCUGACUAGGGUGGGCGAUAUCCAACAGUAGAAAUGUUAGAGGUAACCCAUCUGACAGGGUUGCCCUGGGCCCAGAAGCAACAGCCUCCGGCCCCAGCCCCUCUCCCAGCGUCCCCAUCCAGCCUGUUCCCUGGGGGCCAGGGAGCCAGGGUCUUGUGCAAACACAGGCUCCGAGAAUCCUUUAUUUUUCUUAAACAAGCUCUGCCAGUUUUAUUAAAGAACAAUUUUGCACGAUUUACUUUUCACCUGUCUGCUCUGGCAGGCUGCUAACCAUACCGGAAUCACCUGUAUCGCCUGCCAGUCUGCCUACUCCAGUAUCUUCCACACGCGGAGCCCAGCUCGGGGUCAUUGCCACCGCGGCGAUGGGCCCAGCCUUGGCCGCACAGCCUCGUGCUCUAUUUCAGAUCGCCUUGGCUGGGCAGUUGGCGAGGGUGACCAGGUUCCACUGGCCUCGUGUGGUCGCUUCCAGAGGCUGCUGUACUUCCCACUUUUCAUAGCAGAGGUUGGAGCCUGGAACUGGUCCAGUCCACCGACUUCCACUUCUUUUUGGCCACUGUCGUUCUGCCUUCCGUGUGGGGCAUCCCCCGACCAAGAGCAGCUGCCAAGAUUUCUGAGGUUCCUUUUAUCUUGACCUUUUUAAAAACGUAGAAUCUCUUAACAUUUUUUCUCCUUCUAGCCUUCAUUUCCAGAGAUGCAAAGAUCCAGUAGGGGAAGAAGGAGGGUGAAUAUACUUGUUUAAAGGGCAAACAAAAAAGCCUUUGAGGGAAAAAAAAAUGGUUUAAUGGGUUGCCAUCUCCCUUCUCCUUUCUGAAAGAUGGGCACAGUCAGCACUGCUGUGAGGGUGAAGGUGUGAGGAAGCUUUCUCAGCUGAGGACUUGUUGAGGGGUAGGAGGAGAAGCCACCCCGGUGGAGAUAAAAAUGUCAUUUUGUACCCCUUUUAAAAAGCACUCGUUGGGCCUUUUGCUAAUGACCCACUGAGCCGUCAAAAAAGGGCAAAGUAAAAACACUGCUUUUGGGUGAAGUGGCAGCAUGUUGUGUUGUUUUGCUUCAAUCAGUGGUGUGACAAAGUAAAAAAAAAACUAUCAUAAUAAAAGCGUAAUAUGCAAAUUGAUCGAACUACCGAACAGCAGAAGGACGUCCUGACGACCUUCCGGACAACCAUGCUAUGACACGCACUGGCGCCAGGCCAGCCAAGCACUCCCAACGGGAACAGUCUCAGUGCCGCGGAGCUCACCUGUGGGAUGAUCAUGUGUCUGGCCAGGCAGAUUCCCCAGGCGACGGCUUCGAUGAAGAAUGGCAAAUGGGACCGAAAGAAGUUCAUGGGCACCGAGUUGAAUGGGAAGACCCUGGGAAUUCUUGGCCUGGGGAGGAUCGGGAGAGAGGUGGCCGUCCGGAUGCAGUCCUUCGGGAUGAAGACUGUAGGGUACGACCCCAUCAUCUCACCAGAGGUCUCGGCCUCCUUCGGCGUUCAGCAGCUGCCCCUGGAGGAGAUCUGGCCCCUCUGUGACUUCAUCACUGUGCACACCCCUCUCCUGCCCUCCACGACAGGCCUGCUGAACGACAGCACCUUCGCCCUGUGCAAGAAGGGCGUGCGCGUGGUGAACUGCGCCCGCGGAGGGAUCGUGGACGAGGGCGCCCUGCUCCGGGCCCUGCAGUCGGGGCAGUGCGCGGGCGCAGCGCUGGACGUGUUCACGGAGGAGCCACCGCGGGACCGCGCCUUGGUGGACCACGAGAACGUCAUCAGCUGCCCCCACCUGGGCGCCAGCACCAAGGAGGCCCAGAGCCGCUGCGGGGAGGAGAUCGCUGUCCAGUUCGUGGACAUGGUGAAGGGGAGAGCCCUCGCCGGGGUUGUGAAUGCCCAGGCCCUUACCAGCGCCUUCUCUCCGCACACCAAACCUUGGCUCGGUCUGGCCGAAGCUCUGGGGACUCUGAUGCGAGCCUGGGCGGGGUCCCCCAAAGGGACCAUCCAGGUGGUAACGCAGGGCCUGUCCCUGAAGAAUGCCGGGAACUGCCUGAGCCCCGCAGUCAUCGUCGGCCUCCUCAGAGACGCUUCCAACCACGCGGACGUGAACUUGGUGAACGCCAAGCUGCUGGUGAAGGAGGCCGGCCUCAAUGUAACUUCCUCCCAUAACCCCGCUGUGCCAGGAGAGCAAGGAUGCGGGGAAGGCCUCCUGAGCGUGGCCCUGGCAGGUGCCCCCUACGAGGCUGUGGGCUUUGUCCAGGGCACCACACCUGUGCUGCAGGCACUCAACGGGGCUGCCUUCAGACCAGAAGUGCCUCUCCGCAGGGGUCUGCCCCUGCUCCUGUUCCGGGCUCAGCCCUCCAACCCUGCCAUGCUGCCUACCAUGAUUGCUCUCCGAUCCAGAUGCCAUCAACCUCCAUUGCAGCAGCCCAAGACUCCCGGCCCCUCGCGUCUCCUUUCCCAUACUCCGGGCCAACCAAGGGCUUCUUCUUCCCAGGGCUCCUGGCGGAGGCAGGCGUGCAGCUGCUGUCCUACCAGACCUCGGUGGUGUCCGACGGGGAGACCUGGCACGUCAUGGGCAUCUCCUCCCUGCUGCCCAGCCUGGACGCCUGGAAGCAGCACGUGACGGAGGCCUUUCAGUUCCAUUUCUGACCUUGGGGCUCACCGGGACCAGCCUUGGGGGCUUUUGAUCCACACUGAGAGGUCACAUUCCCGGGGCUGACACCACUUACGUGGUCUGACCCCUGUAAUAACCACCUAAUAAACAGCUCCCC